AUGGUCAGAUCUACUAUAAUUUAUCGAUACGACUCAAUUCCAUUAUGCGCAUCGGUUGAUGAUGGACACGAUCCAGAGUUGAUUGAACAGAAGAACCAAAUCAAGAUCUUGGUGACCAAAUUGAAUUCGAAUUCAGAACCACAGGCAUCAUUGAGCUCAGGCUCUUCGUUUACCAUACAUUACUUGAUAUCAGAGGGAAUAUACUACUUUGUUAUAUGUGAUAAAUCAUAUCCCAGGAAAUUGGCCUUUAGUUAUUUAAAAGAGAUCUCCAAUGAAUUUUAUAAUUCCUUUGGUCAAGAAGUUUCUAAUUCGCAAAACUUAAGGCCUUAUGUUUAUAUGCAAUUUGAUAAUUUCUUGAGCAAAACUAAAAAAGUCUACAUAAACAUCAGAGCUCAAACAAAUUUAGACAAAUUGAAUUCAGAAUUGACCGAUGUCAAAAACAUAAUGACAAAGAAUAUAGAAGAUUUAUUAUACAGAGGCGAUUCAUUGGAUAAAAUGACAGACUUAUCUAGCACAUUACGAAACCAAUCUGCCAAAUAUCGAAAAGCUGCUCAGAAAAUCAAUUUCGAUUUGCUACUACGACAAUAUGCUCCCAUUGCUGUUAUUGCUAUUGUUUUUGUAUUUUUAAUUUGGUUUAUUUUUCUUAGAUAG